UACAUGAACACAUUAUAGUACCUUGCUCACUCUUGCCAAUCCUCAACCACACUACUGUCUGCAAUUUAAGGAUUCUAAACUGCACCACUGAAUCAUCCACAUUGCAAAAUUUGUCUUCAGGACAUCACAAAGGACCAGACAAUGCUGCUGCUGCUGCUGUGCAGCCGUCUCCAUCUCCAAAUCUAUGUACUUUUUGCCUUCCUGUGGAGUCUUCCAUCACUUUCCCUGGCUGGAAAGAUCCUAGUGUACCCUGUGGAUGGAAGCCACUGGCUUAACAUGGACAUUCUGCUCCAAGAGCUUCAUCAGCGAGGUCACCAACUGACAGUGUUCCGUUCCGCCAACAGUUGGUACAUCCCGGAGAACACCACACACUAUACAUCAAUCACAGUAAGUGUCUCGCACAUCAGCAGCCUGGAGGACCCAGAGUACAUGGCAUCCUUUCUUAAGAGAAACAUUGACAUUCAAAGAGGGGAAGGGUCCAUUUUGUCUUUCAUCGCCCUGCAGAAAGAGAUUCUUACUCUUUUAGAAGAGUCUCAUAAGUCCUCAGCUGAGAUGGUGAGGACCAUCUUGGAGGAUAAAAAGCUGAUUAAAAAGCUCAAAAACUCCAAGUACGAUUUGAUGCUGACUGAUCCCGGUUUUGCAGGAGGAGUUGUAAUGGGUGCGUACUUGGGUCUACCAAUGGUUUUCAAUGUCCGGUGGAUCACCAAUGGUGAAGGACACUUUGCAAUUGCACCCUCACCUCUUUCUUACAUCCCAACUAUUGGAUCCAAGAUAACAGACAAAAUGACCUUUGUGAACAAACUGAAAAAUUUCUUGCAUUUUGGAAUUGGCCAAUAUAUAGACCACAUGAUUACAAGGCCCCUCUAUCAAGGAGUCGUCAAUGAAUACAUAGACCCAAACUCCAAUAUCUACUCCCUAAUCCAAGGAGCUGAUCUGUGGCUCAUGCGAGUCGACUUUGUUUUUGAGUUCCCUCGUCCUACGAUGCCCAACGUGGUCUACAUUGGAGGCUUCCAGUGUAAACCCUCCAAGCCUCUUCCAGCUGAACUGGCAAAAUUUGUAGAGAGUGCUGGAGAGUAUGGGGUGGUAAUCAUGUCUCUGGGUACUCUGCUUGGAAGUCUGGUUCCUGACAUAUCUGAGACUGUCGCUUCCGCGUUCGCUCGAUUGCCACAAAAGGUGAUUUGGAGGCACGUAGGGGAAAAACCAUCUACUUUGGGGAACAAUACACUCAUGGUGGACUGGUUGCCUCAGAAUGACCUUCUAGGCCAUCCUAAAACAAAAGCUUUUGUGACACAUGGAGGAACCAAUGGGAUCUAUGAGGCUAUUUAUCAUGGUGUGCCAAUGCUUGGACUCCCACUCAUCUUCGACCAGUUUGACAACAUGGUGCGUCUACAAGCCAGAGGAGUAGCUCAAGUGCUUGACGUCACAGCCCUGGAUGCAGAUACACUAACAAAAGCCUUGAGGGACAUCUUGGAUGAAAAUCAACAAUACCAGAAGAACAUGCGCAGAAUGUCACGUCUUCAUCAUGAUACACCCAUCAAACCAAUGGACAGCGCCAUCUUCUGGCUCGAGUUUGUCAUGAGGCAUAAGGGUGCAGCACACUUGCGCACAGAGUCCUACAAGCUUCCUUGGUAUUCAUACCACAGCUUGGAUGUAUUAAUGUUGAUAGUUUGUUUGUUUAUGGCAGUCUGUCUGCUCUUAGUCAUAAUGAGCAAGGCUCUGCUGAAGGUUUUGUUCAGAAAAAGAAAGGCCAAAAAAGAGUGAAGACUAUAGGCUCUUUUCCACUAUUAGGCUGAACGGUUCUCAUCAUGUAUCUGUGCUGUUACAUAAAAAAUCUGGAUUAGUCUGCAUGGUUAAUGUUUCUUUUCCCACUAUUCUGCUGUGAAAUCAGGAUUAGAAUGGAUUGACUAGGCAAGUGCCCAAUCAUAACUCGGCAUGUAAGUAAAGCCAUUCCACCAGGAUGAUUCUCUAUCCAGAGUACAGCUAGUUAACUGCACUGAGAAAUACGUGCCAGGAGUGGUUUAUAAUCGUACCAUACCAAACAUUGCUCAAAUGGAAAUGCUACUGGAGCCGUUACUGACCAUGCUCAGAACCGUUCAGCCUGAUUGAGGAAAGGUGUUUUAUAUUUUUGGCAACACAUGUAUUUUCUCCUAUAUUUCAUCAAAGCUACUGUGUGUAAUUUAUGUGCCACUUCCAUAGUACUAAAGGGAAUGGCAAAAAUAAUGGUUUCCAAACAUCCUUCAGAAACACUCCCACCUUCUGCAGUUGUUCGAAAAAAAAUAAAAGGUUGUCCCGUCCCAAACUCAUGCCAUUGGUUGAGCCCAGAGAUAUGUUUUGAUUGCACCACAGAGCCAUAGUGUUACACUUUUCAGGAAAAUCAAUCUAUGAAUGGCUUACUUAUUUUCUAUGCACAUUAAGCUGGGAUUUGGACAAAUUUGAACAUUGUGAAAAAACAAACCCACACAAAUCUGACAAAUAUACCAAUUAAUAACUGUAUAUUUAAAAAGUAGUACUGUAAAAGAUUGCACUUUUAAUUAUUUGUUUAUUGAUUUGUACAGACAUUGAAUGAACCAGCUGUCUAUUUUGCACGUAAAUAUUUCACUUAACAACCACCGGCAUGGUCAACAAAAAUAAAAUUAUUCAAAAAUCUUAGUCAUAAUGCGACAGAUGGUCAACGAUGCCAAACAUCUCCUACAUUUUGGAAUGCUGUAUUACUAUAUAUGGUUACAAUAGGUGAAAUACUUGAGAGAGUAAAAAAUAAAGUGCUCCGUCUUCA